AUGACCAUGAAGGUCGAUGGGCUGGAGGUCGCAAUCACUGCGAACCUGUUCCAGGCACUAUGGACAUUGUCUGCUCCAGGAGUUCUCAGUGGACCUGUGUGGGUGGACGCUGUCUGCAUCAACCAGGUAGACACCCUGGGGCGCAGCAAGCAAGUGGCGCUGAUGAGAUCAGUGUUCGGCCAGGCUCGAGUUGUGCACAUCUAUCUGGGUUCCGACCGCGAAUCUACGGCCGAAGCUUUUCGGGCUUUCAAGGAUCUGGCGAGUGGCACCUCUGUCAACAGCGUGGUAGAAGAACAGCGAGUUGACGCCGUAAGCAUGUUCAACCUUCUUGCUCACCCGUGGUGGGACAGGCUCUGGGUUUUGCAAGAAGUCGCACUGGCGAAGCAUCCUAUCCUUCACUGCGGCGAUUCGACAAUAGAUUUCUGGACUUUGAUUGAUGGCUUCACCAAGAUCCGACAAUCCAUUGUACUUGAGGGCCUCUUCUGUAACGAUACCGAACCUUUUGACCCUGCCCAAGACCGGUUUUACAGACUAGACUCCGUCGUCCAUGUGUAUCAGAUACUGCGAACGCCAGGGCUGCCUCCAGACAUCCUGAUGAAUGUCGCGAAUGGUCUCAGGUGCUCUGACGAACGCGACAGGGUUUAUGGGUUGCUAGGGCUCAUGGGCGAUACCAUCACGCUUCUGCCCGAUUACUCUUUCGACGAAGGACAAAUCCGGGCGGAUGCUACCUUCGCUAUCAUGCAGUCGACGCUUAGCGUGCGAGUCCUGAGAUUGGUCGAUUCCCCUAGCUCUGCGGGCGCCUCCUGGAUCCCAUCCUACUACCGUAGCAACAAUCUCAUUGGAAUGCACGAUGUGGCCUACGGCCCAAAUGACGAUACUCACUACGGAGCAUUCGUCCUGGAGCGUCGGAUUGGCGACCACUUGUGCCUCAAUGCACUCCUCGUUGAUACGGUAGACAUGGUUUCGAGUGCCGUUCAUGGCUAUUACGCUUACGGCUGGGAAUUGUCGCACGGUCGUAACACGUUGAGGAAGUGGCUCGCUGCAGCGGAGGAGUCGUUCCGAGGUCAGGAAGCAGGUCGUGGACAACUUGUCUACCCUCGCGAACAGUCCACACAAACCCGCCUGCAACGAGAUUUCUGGCAGACCGUGCUGUGCGGGGGCUUGUAUAGUGUCAUUGCCAAUGAUCGCACCCAUGAUCUUGCUGCUAUGAUCUCUCAGUACCAGGAAUGGCUAGAGGACGAAGCCAUGAUUCUAGAUGGCUACCUUGCCAGACAACUAGACCGACUCUUAGUCGAUGCCAGUUUCUUCGUAACAGAACAUGGUCGCAUGGGCAUGACUCGCUCGGAACCAUCGAAAGGUAACCUAGUGGCACUCCUAGUUGGGGAUGAUAUUCCGUAUCUUGUAGAUCGCUCGGAAAGCGAGGACAGAAGAGAGUCAACUUCCUCGAACACGGAAGCUAUGCUCACGUCUUCAUCGUUCGUUGACAGUCGAGAAGAGCUCUAUCGACUCAAAGGAACAUGCUUUAUCCAUGGAUUGAUGCAUGGCGAGGGAAUCGAAGAAGCACUGGUCUGGCGUCAGCAAGAAGACUCGGAAGCUACAUACGGUGAUCUGUGGAGUCCGACCUGGUUUCACUGA